AUGGCAGACCGUUUCUUCCCCAACGACAUACCCGACUCAAUCGAGGAAGGCGCCGCGUCCUCUCCGGCCGCUGAACUCUCCUCCUCCUCGCUCCAUACAUUCCUAUCCCUCCCGUACCCCACCCUCGCCGACCGCUUCCUCCGCGCGGCGCUCGAUCUCAACCAGAAGGCAAUCGAUUACAUAGCACCCUACACUGCGUACUUCGUUGUGCACGAGACUUGGGAGAAGGAGCAGCAGCAUUCGACGGGGGACUUCACGCUAUACACGGGGGCCCUUGGCACCGCGCUCCUGCUCUUCAGGGCCUUCCUUAUCACUGGCGACCGCGCCGACCUCGCUACCUGCACCGAGAUCGUGUCCGCUUGCGACGCGGCGUCUGCGGGCGAGGAGGAAGUGUGCGGCCGGAUUAUGCAUGUUUUGCUGGACAUGGAGUUGACAGAAAAUGACAAGGAAUAUGUCAAGGGAACUGUGCAAUACAUGAUUCAGAACCGUUUCCCUAGUGGGAAUUACCCUUGCACCGAAGGAGAUAACUAUGAUUGCCUUGUGCACUGGUGCCAUGGGGCUCCUGGCAUUUCCCUCACCUUGGUUCUUCUUAUGAUGUUAAAUCAGCUCAAGCCUUUAUUUCUGUUUCUGCUCUUUAAUCUUUGCAACUUUAGUUUUGUAUCAAAAUACUGUUCUCAGGUGUUCCCAGAAGAGAGGUUUUUGGACACAGCCUCAAAUGCAGCUGAGCAACAAGUUGAAGGAGCUUCUCUCACUGGACAAGGCAUCAUGCACGGUGGCGAUGAGCCAUACUCACCAUUUGAAGGACAAGCUGGAAUGGCAUAUCUGUUUCUAGACAUGAUUAACCCCCUCGAGUCUAGGUUUCCAGCUUAUGAACUUUGA